AUGGUUAAAUAAGGAAAAGAGCUAACAAAGCCAGAUCACAAAGAUUAAAAACAUGAGAAGAAGUCAAAGAGAAAGAACUCUGACUAAUCUGCUGGAUCGGACAAAGAUGACACUGAAAUGGUAGACAUCAAUGCUCCUAAGGUCUUGCCUAACCCUAAGAACACUCUUAAAAUGGGCAAAUUCCAUAGGUAUACGAAUCAAUAUAAAGGGAAAAAGAGAGCCCCUACCAACAAAAAGAGAAUCAGAGACCUUGAAAGACUCUUGGCUAAGGAAGGCAUUCCAGAGGAGAUGAAAGUAGCAAAGAAGAAGGAGCUGAGGGAGUUGUAAAAGCUUGAUAAGAAGAAGGAAGAGGCUGAGAUAUUCGAGCUUAAGUACAAGAAAAUUAAAUUCUUUGAGAAAAAGAAGGUUAUAAAGAAACUAGAGACUCUUAAAAAGGAAUUGGCAGAGAUUAAGGAUUCAGAGUAAAAGUAAAAACUAGAGGCAGAGUUCAAAGAGCAACGCAAAAUGCUGAUAUAUAUUGAUACAUACCCACCACAUAAGAAAUAUAUAGCUUUGUUCCCUAAGGAGGAUUCUGAAGAGGGGAAGUAGCAGAGAUAAAAGAUGAUGGAAAAGAUUUUAAGGAUUGCUGAACAAAAGGAUAAAGUAAGAGAGAAGGAACUCCUACAUAUGGACGAGGAAAGUGAUGAUGAUUAAGAGAAAAUCAUUGCUAAGAAGACUAAACAGCUUGAGAAAACAGAUAAUUUCUUUACAUUGGAAGCAGAUGAAGUACAGGAAGAGUAGCCAAGAUAAAAGCAAUCUUCUAAACCUUAAAAGAAGUUGCUAGUCCAAAGAAACGGCAAAGUAGUAGACCCAGACACACUCUAAUUAGUGCCAGAGUUCAAUGAUCCCCCAGUUCCUUUAAAGAAACCAUUUGCAAACAGAAACUCUGAUCAGAAAGACUUUGCAAAUAAAAAGCCCUAAUACAAUAGUAAUAGCAGUGGCCGCGAGUUCAACAGAAGAGAAGCAAAUGAGCAGUCAGGCUUUAAGAGACAAGCUGAGGAAUAAUAAAAUAAGGCAUAGGCAAGUAGGUAUGAUAACUAGCAAGCAGUAUAGUAGCCAGCGUAAUAGAUUAAGAUCAAGGCUAAUGCCUAUAGAAUUAAAGGUAUUGAUAUGGAAUAGAAGAGCACUCAUAUUAAGUUUUGA